AUGCCUCGUCAAUCCCGUGGCCGCUCGACCUCCACUUCCCGUUCCGCCCCAACAAAGCCAGCGGCAGCGCCAGCACAAACCCGGAGUGCGACCACCGCUGCUGCCCCGGCUGGCGGAUACCAGACCCCUGCCGCCCCCGCUCCCCCUGCAACUGGGGCCGCCAGUCAGGGCCCGGGAAUUCUCGGGCAAAUUGCGUCGACUGCUGCCGGGGUAGCAAUCGGCAGCACCGUUGGCCAUGGCCUGUCGAACGUCCUCUUUGGCAGCGGAGACAAGGCUGCGGCUGCUGAGCAAGCAGCGCCGGCUGCAGCUCAACAGGGACAGGGUGUUAUGAGCUGUGAACAGCCCGCGAAGGAUUUCACACUUUGUCUUGAGAAGGCGGAUAUGCAGUCGUGCACGUGGUAUCUUGAGCAGCUCAAGGCUUGCCAGGCUGCUGCCAAGCCUUACUAG